CCUUCUCCUGAUUCCAAAUCUAUAGGCAACAGAACCUACAGAAGAGUAUGAUCCCCCAUAUGAGCCACCUUGUCUGGACAUCCAGGAUAUAGAAGAACCUAUGAAGGCUGAAAUUGUUUCGGAAGAGCCAGAGAGUUCGGAAAGAUCGCAAAACUCAGAAGGUUCUAGUCCAUCACCUUCACCACAUGAUGUUUCCCAAAUUGCACAAUUUAUGGUUGAUGAAGAAACUGAUACUCCAUUCAAUCUUGAGAACAACAUUGAGAACUAUUUUUACUACACUGAGGAAGACAAAUGUGAGGAUAACUCUAUCUGUGACCAUAAUCUUGACAUGAAGUUCCAAAAUUUGAUGGAUAAUGAUAAUAUUAGUGAAGACUUUAUCAUCAAUGAUAUCCAGUUUGAAGAUAUUUACCAAAACAGACAAGUUACAGAAGGAUUCAUAAGAGUUGAUCUCUAUAGUCUGAAGAUCCUCAAAAAGGACUACUUGAUAGAUAAGCAUGACCAGGAGAAGCACUUCAUUCAAUGAGAAGAAGACUCUUUCUUAGAGUACAUCCUUAAUAUGAAAUAAUGAGAUUUCAGAAGAGAAAAUGGAAAUUAUGAGGCAAGAGUAUUAUCAUAUACCUUAUAACUUGGCUCAUAAACUAAUUUUCCAGAAAACAGCAAAUAAAACAGGGGAGGGAGUUUCAAUAGAGAUUAGCACCAAAGAUUUCAGAACAAUCACCAUCCUUUUAGAGGACCAAUCAACUGGAAUCCAACUCUUUGAGAACUUGAAAAGCUUAUGCUUUAGUGGCUCAUUCAAAAGUUAUACCUACUGUAUCAUAAAAGGUCUAGAACUCAAUGUGACUAGACAAGAUUCUGUUCCUAUUGGUUUAGAUCAUUCUAAGAAAUCUGAGCUGACAAACUCCGGCAAAUCUCUCCCAAAGAACGGAUGGGAAGUUUUUAAUUUUAAAUAAGGAAUUUGAGAGACAAGGAGUCAAUAGAAGCCAGAUCUUGUUUUGAACUCUGAGGUGUUGGGGAAAGAAAGACUCUCUUAGCUCUACUUAUCCAGAGAAAGUCUAUGUCCCUCUUGCUCUCAGAGACCAGAAAAUGGUUAUAAUCAAAUGAGCCCAAUUUAGAGUCAAGGAAAGGUUCCCUGCUCUAACUUACCAUCAUAAGAAUGGAGCCUCUCUUUGGAGAUCAGCACAGAUUUCACAAGGAAUCAUGAAUAACUCUUGUGAAGAAGAUGAGCUAUUCAUACGUAGAAUUGGAGAAACUAAUCCGUUUAAUGAUGAAGUAUACAUCCUUGAUGCAAGAACUAAGAUGAACGCCAAUGCUAAUAGCAAAUGACAUUCAUGCUAUGGAGGAAUCGAAGGGAUCUCUUACAUAAAUUCAUCUUACAAAACUAUCAUGAAGUUUUGUCAUAACCAAGGAAAGAUUCAAGAUUCCAAAUUCUUUGAAAGAUUAGAUCAUUCAGGCUGGUACAACACAAUACGAAAGCAAAUGGAGUUUGCAUCCAAAGCGGCUGAAAUUUUGGAAUGAGAGCAACAUAAUGUCUUGAUUCAUUGAGCUGAUGGAUGGGAUAGAACAACUAUUUUAUGAUCUCUUGCUCAGAUAUAUCUUGAUCCAUAUUUUAGAACGAUUAAAGGACUUGAAGUACUAAUUGAGAAGGAUUGGGUAUCUUUCGGUCAUAAAUUUCAAGAUAGAUCAGGAAACUUAAAAAGCCAUAAUCAUUUAUCAAAAGAGAGGGCCCCAGUUUUCAUAAGUUUCUGUGAUUGAUUGUUCCAGUUGUUAACUCAAUUUCCUCACUGAUUCGAGUAUAACAACACAUUAUUGUUAUUUCUCUCUCAUCAUGUUUAUACUUGAAAGUAUGGAACUUUCUUAAUGAACUGAGACAAAGAUAGGUAUUUCUUUGAGCUCCGAUCUAAAACACUGUCUAUUUGGGGAUACAUCAAUAAAAACUUAAAAUACUUUAAGAAUCCAUUUUACAAAAAGAGAGAAGGAAGGAUCACUCCUAUAGUAGCUCCAGCCUCAAUGAGGUUCUGGAGGGAACAUUUCUUCAUUCACACAAAGCUGAGUGGCUACAACCCUGAAAGCACAGAGUCAGUAUAUCCCUUCGAUCACAGAGAAAGAAUGUAUAUGGAAUCUCUCGAGGAGAUCAAAAGACUGAAGGCUCUGCUACAAUCAGGAAAAUAAUCAUUAAAUCCUGAAUAUCAAUAAAAA